AUGUUAGGUGUUGCUCCGGGUCGAGACUCAACCGGGGACCCGGUCAUCUGGACCCCCCAAAGCCAAUCCCCGUCGCGUCUUGUGCUCGGCAACUCCACUGCUCAUCUGCCCUUCUGGCAUGCAAGCAUUGUCCGGCUUGACCUUGCCGAAGGGCGCCUCCCGACGCCGCCUGUGCAAUUGGACCACGAUGAGGCCUCGUCCUUUGCCCAAACAAUGCCAGUUCCUUUCUCAUCGAGCACUUCUUCCUCCGAUCCUGUUCCACCGACCUCCAUUCUAGAAGAAAGUUUUGGCAUUUCGGUUGCCUCAACCCCCGUUUCCCACCCGUCAGCGCCCUCAGCGCUGGGACACGCGACAGCAGUCACCAGCGGAGCGCAGGACCCCCGAGUAUCCGCUGCACCGGUUCCCGAACCCCCCCGGACGGGUCUGAACCCACAAUCCACAGCCCCGGGUCUGGGUCCCGACGACAUUGAGAUGGAUGCCGUUACGCCCUCCGGCCACCGCCGCCGGCGAAGCAGUCUCAUCAAUCCCGCCAAUGCCUCAAAUAAUCGCCAUCGCUCGCCAGGAGCGAGGUCUCAGCCACUUCGGAACCCCUCCACCGUGGACGGCGAGGGCAAGAUUGUUGAAGAGAGCAGCGAUGGGGAGACUCCACGGCUCGACGAGACCGAUGAGGGUGGUUUCACCGACGAAGACCUCCACGAUGAUGAGGAAACGGGCCUGACGGGGAAAGACAGGCGGAGGAAGAAGCGGAAGAAGAGGAGAAACCAGUUGCUCGAUCAGCGGGUAGUCAGUGACGACAUCUCCCCGGAGGAGAAGCAGGAGGCAGACCGCAGCGUCGCCAAGAGCCUGUUGAUCAAUGGCAUUCUGAUUGGGCUCUGGUAUUUCUUCUCUUUAUUGAUAUCCUUGUACAACAAAUGGAUGUUUUCACCCGACAAGCUCGACUUUCGUUUUCCUAUGUUCACAACCGCUAUGCAUUUCCUCGUGCAAUUUUCCUUGGCGUCAUUGGUAUUGUUCCUUUUCCCCUCGUUCCGGCCGAAGAACGGCUACAGGUCCGACUUGGGCCAGUCAAGACAUGAAGCAGAGCCAGAACGGCCCAUCAUGACGAAGAUGUUCUAUCUCACAAGAAUUGGACCUUGCGGCGUGGCGACCGGCCUUGACAUUGGCUUGGGCAACACCUCGCUCCAGUUCAUCACCCUUACAUUCUACACCAUGUGUAAAUCUUCCUCACUCGCCUUCGUCCUGAUUUUCGCCUUCCUAUUCCGCCUCGAAUCUCCGACUUGGAAGCUUGUAGGCAUCAUCGCCACCAUGACUCUAGGCGUCGUGAUGAUGGUGGCAGGCGAGGUCGAGUUCAGACUGAGCGGCUUCGUGCUCGUCAUCGCGGCGGCCUUCUUCUCAGGCUUCCGCUGGGCCCUAACCCAGAUCCUGCUGCUCCGCAACCCGGCCACGUCGAACCCCUUCUCCAGCAUCUUCUUCCUCGCCCCCGUCAUGUUAGUCACUCUCGUCUGCAUCGCCAUCCCCGUCGAGGGCCCGCGCGCCCUGUUCGCCGGCCUGGAGACCAUCGCCGAAGGAGAAAGGGACUGGCUCGUUCGCCCCGCUGAUCAAUCCUCUUCCCGGGUGUCAUCGCCUUCCUGA